AAUUUUUUUUUUCAUCAACAUCCUUUGCUUCUCACCAAACAUUAUGAUAGGGAGAGUUUAGAAUGUUACGUGUGUGGUAAUGUUGUAAGUAAUUGGGAGUUAGCAUAUGCUUGCAAGCAACAUCAAUGUAAUCGUAGUGAUAGUGCUCGAGUUAUCCUCCAUAAAAGAUGUGGAGAGUUACCUCGAAUACUUUCGGAUCCCUCUCACCUUAUGCAUCCUCUUACCCUACUUGAUUAUCGGCAACUUCCAGCAUAUUACACGUGUGAUCUUUGUAUAAACACAAUGACUAGAAAGGUAGGGUAUAGGUGUGAUAGUUGUGAUUUUGACAUUCACGUAAAAUGCACAAAAUCAGGGUUGUCGAAGGAGAGAGUAGAGCUGCAACACCCGAGUCACAUCCAUCCAUUGACACUGAUGAGGAAGCAAGCUUUUCAAUUUAUGUGUGAUGGUUGUGGCACUGAUCAAGACAAGGACAUGGCGUAUGUGUGCAACACCUGCGAAUACUGGGUGCACGCGACUUGUGCUUUGUUGCCUAGCCUUCUCCCGCAAGAUCGCCACCAAUGCCACCACCACCCGCUUUCUCUAGCCUUUUGUUUCCCAAUGAAACAUCGUAGAUACAGAUACAAGUGUGAUGUUUGUGAUAAAGAUUUUGACGCGACAUGUUGGUUCUAUUUCUGUGGUGACUGCAGAUACUUUGCACAUCUCAAGUGUGCUACAUCCACGACCGACACAACAACACAAGACGUUUUGAGUAUAGAUGAUCAAAGUGAUGUGAUCCAAUUCCCAUUAGCUGACAUUUCCAUUUCAAGUAUGUUAAUCACACCUUUUGUGAUGAGAGAGAAAGGCAUCAUCCCUAAUGUGAAUGACAUGCCAAGAAUCAUAAAGAUGGAAGACACAACCGCAAGUUAUUCAUAUUAUCACAAACAUCCUUUGAGUUUGGUUUCAAAAGAUGAUGAUGAGGGCAAUCACGAAGAAGACGAUGCUGAAGAUGAAGAGAGGAAGAUAUGUAAUGUGUGCGUAACACCUAUAUCUUCUCCUCCAUAUUACCAAUGCGCUUCUUGCAAAUAUUUUAUCCACUUGAUUUGUUGUAUGUUGCCCAACACAUUAUCUCCCACCUCUCAAUAUGAUGAUUUCCCAGUUUCAGAUGAUAAAAAUCAUAAGUUGACAUUGUAUGCAAGCGAUGGGGAUUUGUCCUUGCAUUGGUGCUACCUUUGUAAACAUCCCACAAAUGGAAUGGUGUAUAAGUGUGAAGAGUGUAGAAUGAUUAUAGAUGUGACGUGCGCAUCUCUUCCAACUGCUAUCAACCAUGCAUCUCAUUCUCACACAAACCUCAUCAUGUCUACAUUAAAACCCAAAAUAGAGAAAAACAAGUGGAUCAAGUGUUAUUGUUGUGCAUACUUCCUUGGAAGCUCGUUUGGAUAUAUUUGCAGCAAAGAUGGUUGUGAAUUUGCAUUGGACUUGACAUGUGCUCAGCUACCACUGAGUGUAAGAAAGCCGGAGUGGGAUCACCACCCAUUGUUGUUGACGUUUGAUGCCACUUCAGACCAUCCCUCUGAUUUCUUUUGCGAGUUUUGCGAAGUAGAAAUGCAUCCAAAGAAACCAAUGUAUCACUGCCGCCCAUGCGAUCAGUCUUACCACUUUGAUUGCCUUGCCACUGGAUCUGGUGAUUACCGAAAUGUCAAAUUCGGGGGGAAAUUUGAGAUGGAUUCAAUACACCCUCACCACCCUCUCACUUACAAUUACAUCACCCUCAAGAAACGCUGUGAUGGUUGCAGCACCAACGAUGUGGACAUUGCGUACAUAUGCAUCACGUGCGAAUAUUGGGUGCACUCAAAGGCAAAAUUGUUGCACUACAAGCUGCAACUUCAAACUCUGAAAAAUGAUGCACUCCCUUUGCGUGAAUAUCUCAACAAGAUCAAAACGUGUUGUGAUCUGCUCGGAGCAGCAGGUUGCAAGGUCAUGGAUGAAGACCAUAUCCUCCAUAUUCUGGCAGGUCUUGGCAAGGAAUACGAUCCAGUGGUCGUAACCAUCACCUCAAAGGCAAAUUCGUGGAGCGUGCAGGAUGCAACUAACUUGCUUCUUUCUUUUGAGUCAAGGUUGGAAUCAACAGAUGUCUCCCCCAUCAAUCUUGAUGGAUCCCAGCCGACGGCUAAUCUUGCUCAAGCCACUGGUCAGAAGCGAGAAGGACCAUCGCGUAACCACCGUGGCGUUUUUGUAGGAUAUGGAAGAAAUGAAGGUGGUAGAGGAACUGGUUACUGUGGAGGGAGAGGGGGCCGAGGAAGAUUUUCUAGCAACCGUCUGCUCGUCUUUGGCCAGCAACAACAGUCUCUUUUGGGCCAGCAUCCUGCUACUAACAUAGCGCAGGCUCGGCACAACAAUGGUCAGUCUCAUCACUCCCACUCGAAGUUCAACUUUGACAAUGCUUCCUCAGUAUGGUAUCCGGAUUUCGGAGCCACGAAUCACAUCUCAAAUGAUCUGGCAAAUCUGAAUGUCAGCUCUGAGUAUCAUGGAGUCCUUGUUCCAUUCUACUCCCUCUCCUACCUCUAG